AUGGCUUCAAUCCCCCCAGCCGACGAUUCCAAUCUGCUAGUCCCCGCGCCCAAGAGCGCGGGUACUAGUGCAAAUGCUCCUGCUCCUCCCGUUCAACCGCGGCGGCAGAAACCGCAAGAAUCAUGGUCGUCCGAAUCUUCCGCAAAUGCGAUCGCUUCAGACUCGCCCUCCAAUUACUCCUCCUUCUCCAGCUCCGAUAGCGACGAACCUCAUCCCGGCAUUGCCAAUGAGGUCGACGAAGACGAUGCGCUCGACGUGGUCGGGGUGAGUAUUGGCCGCGAGCAAAGCCGCAUGAAAGCCCGCGCGACACCCGCCGAAGAGAAAAAUCGAGUUCUGGAACAACAGGGCGGGUAUUUCACCAACAUCCCCGACGAGGUUGGCGAAGAUGGCUUGUUCGUUUCGGAGCUUACGGCUGAGCCUGAAUCAGUGGAGCCGGAGAUCGCGGGCUCAGCGGCUGAGCAGGCACUAUUGAAGGCCCAACGCGCACCUUCCCGUCACAGACCAACGCAUCCCGUUGCACCAGUGGAGCGCCACGCACCGCAAGGUCCCCACAGAGACCACUCUGCGCCAUCGCCAUCUGUCGUUCGUGAUUCCAAGGAUUCCGGUGCUUCGGGCUCCCGAACCAGCUUUACCCGGUCGCUGCUGAAAACCUCGCUCCCUCGCCGGCCCCGCGCUUGGUCUGGCGAAUUGAAGAAAUUCUUGCCCGAUUUGACCUCAUUGACCAAACGGCCAUCACUGUCCUUCCGCUCCACAAAUGCACAUAGCCGCACUCGCAGCCAGACAGUGUCGACCUCGAGCAAACGGAGCCAACUCAAUUCCAGGGCGUCGUCGUUGGAUCGGCGACAACACGCAGCAUCACCAGCAGCAGCAAAUGAUCCCACCAACGAUGAAGACUUGGGAGACGAUGCGCAGCCGAUUUCAGAGCUGCGGACGCUAGAUGGGAGUUCUGCUGUGAAGCAUUCAUUCUCGAGAUGGCCGAGUGCCGCAAUGCCUGGUCGCCCACCGAGUUUGCGGAGAUCGUCUUCGGAUCAAUCGCUCUACCUACGAGCAUCCUCGACAGCAUCGUCGUUGGAGCAGCGGCCGCGGUAUGAGAAUGUGCAUUCGCAGGUCAAUAGCCGGUUCAAGGCUAUCAAGGAUAGUUUACAGGAUUCGAGCAGUCGCCUGCUUAGUAUGCCCUCUCUACAUUUGCAGGAUAUUCGCACGGACUGGGCUUCUCGCCCAUUCCCUUCUGUAACGAACAUCACUGCCGAUCGAGGAAUUAAUGGACCCGCUCAGCGGACGGCGAUGCCGCCUCCACCUCCGCGAUAUAACCCACAGUCCACUCAUCCUAUCUUGGAAGAGGCAAUGUCUGAAUUAACUGGGGAUGUCGUGAUUCUUGGUGGAUACCGUGGCUCCAUAUUGCGCUCUGCGAAACCGCCUCACCGACAACUAUGGGUACCGAUGAAGGUGGGAUUGAACCUGCGAAAGGUCGACCUGGAGGUUGGCUUAACCCGGGAAGACGAAGAGCGCAUGGAGGAGACUAUCAUCCCCUCUGGUGUACUCUCGCACAUUGGUCCCGUCGAUGUAUGCAGAAGACUGAUGAAGCGCCUACGUAAAUGUGACAACGCCGUACGUGGAGAUCUCCGCGUCUGGGACUACGGCUAUGACUGGCGAUUGAGCCCGGAUCUCCUCUCGGAACGCCUCAUUACCUUCCUCGAAGGCUUACCAUGCAACCGCCCAGCCCCAGAGGGCCAGCCGCAGAAUCCACGCCGAGGUGCUACAGUCAUCGCCCACAGCCUCGGCGGUCUCAUCACCCGGCAUGCCGUGAACAAGCGACCCGAUCUCUUUGCGGGUGUCGUCUACGCAGGAGUACCGCAGCAAUGCGUUAACAUCCUCGGUCCCCUACGCAACGGCGACGAUGUGCUCCUCAGUUCCCGCGUAUUGACUGCACAAGUCAACUUCACGUUCCGCACAAGCUUCGUGCUACUCCCCGAAGAUGGCCACUGUUUCAUCGACAAGCAGACCAAAGAGGAGUACCGCGUCGACUUCUUCAACGCCGAAAGCUGGGACGAGUAUCAUCUCUCCCCAUGCAUCAAACCCGCUCUACCAGCCGUACCGGUAAACACCCGCUUCAAAGACUUUGCCCUCAUCAGCAAGCGAUUCUCCAUGGGCCCACGAGACGACACCCCCGACCUCACGACCCCAGAGCUCACCGACUCCAUCGAUCCCACUUCCUCAACCACCGAAGACGACCUUACCACCCGCAACCCCCGUCGCCCCGCCCAUGCCCACGCCAAUUCCAUGCCCAACCCGACGCAAGUCGCAGCCACAGCAACAGACAAAGUAAACGACGCCCUCGUCCCCAGCGGCCUCGACACCCUCGUCGGCCCAGGCUCCACACCCCGCAGCAGCACAGCAGCAAACCAAGCCUCCAGCCCCAGCACAAUCCCCCGCGCCGCAGCAAUGGAAUACCUGCACCGCACCCUCGCCGAAAUCAAACAAUUCAAAUCCGAACUCUCCUUCCAACCAACCCACCAAGCCGAAAACCGCUACCCGCCCGCCGCAGUGCUGUACGGGAAAAGCGUACCGACGCUGUAUGGCGCGCGGGUCUCGUCCCGCGAGGCGAUUAAGCAGCAGGAUGCGUAUGAUGAUUUGGCGUUUGCGUCCGGGGAUGGGGUUUGUCUUGCUUCGGCGGCGAUGUUGCCGGUUGGGUAUCGGGUUAUUCGGAAUGGGCUUGUGAAGAGUGAGAGGGGGCAUGUUGGGUUGUUGGGGGAUUUGGAGGGGGUGGGACAGUGUUUGCGGGCUGUUAUUAGGGGGAGGAAGGAGGGGGUUGGGUUGGGGAGUUUGCAGAAAUAG